AUGGAGGGAGUGGUGGAGGUGGGGAUAGCUACAGCGGAGCUGUUGGGCAAGCGUUACAACCAACAUCAACAUAUGGAGGCUUCGGAAGUAAUGGAGGCUCAGGCUCUUCUGGAGUUGGAGGAGGUGGUGGAGGUGCUGGAGGUGCUGGAGGUGGUGGAACUUCUGGAGUUGGUGGAGUUGGGUCUCCUGCUGGUUGGUACGGUGGUGGUGGAGGUGGUAGUAAUUAUCAAAGCUCAACAAGAAAAGCAGGAGGUCAAGGAGGUGGUGGAGACGGAGGAGGAGGUGGAGGAGGUGAAAGGUCAGUUACUGGAAACGGUGGAGCUGGAGGGUCUGGCAUAG